AUGAAGUACUUAGCUGCCUACCUUUUAUUAAACGCCGCCGGUAACACUCCAAACGCUGAAAACGUUAAAUCUGUUCUUUCUGCUGUUGGUAUUGAAAUCGAUGAAGAAAGAGUCUCUGCUUUAGUUUCUUCUUUAGAAGGUAAGUCCAUUGAAGAAUUAAUCGAAGAAGGUAACACCAAAUUAUCUUCUGUUCCAGCUGCUGCCCCAGCUGCCGGUGCUGCCGGUACUGCUGGUGCUGCUUCUGGUGAAGCUGCUGAAGAAGCUGCUGCUGAAGAAGAAGAAGAAUCCGAUGAAGACAUGGGUUUCGGUUUAUUCGAUUAG